AUGGAUCAGAUGGUAGAGCUGCAACGUAAUUUCCUACAAGGAAUCCUGAUACCACCACGUCUACCACAGGCAAGGGAAAGAAACCCUUCCCUUGAGCACAAUGAGAACCACAACAACGCGAAUAAUGCUCGGCGGAAGGAUAAAGAAGUCCAAGGGAAUAGCAAGCACCAAGGUUCUCAGAUGACCAAGGUCGAACAAGCUUUAAAUGAAAAAAUAUUGGAGCUGCAGGAUCAAAUUCAGGAGGGUGCCUCUAAUGCCAUAAUGUGUAGGGCGUUCCCCUCUACCUUGAAGGGGGCGACGAGACAAUGGUUUUUGCGCCUCCGGUCACGCUCCCUGACCAACUUCGUGGAGCUUGGGCGGGGUUUUCUUGCCCACUUCGUGGGUAGCAGGGUCCAUAAGAGGACAGCCGCCAAUCUUUUGGCCACAAAGCAGCGCCCUGAUGAGUCUAUCAGAGAUUUUCUCACAAGAUUCAAUAAGGAGGCACUGGAGGUGCAAAACUUAAACCAGAUCGUGAAGUUCCAAGCUCUGCGCAGCGUCAUCAGGGAUGUCGAGUUAAAGAGGUCACUGAUCAUGGAUGAGCCAAUGGACAUGUAUGAACUCUUCUCACGCUAUGAGAAGCACAUCAACCUGGUUGAAGUUCUUGCAGCUGAACAAGAAAAAGAAGGCAAACUUACCCAGGUUGGGAAGAACGGCCCGAAGCACAAUAGAGACCAGAAGGAGGGGAAGAGAACGAGAGAUGAUAGGGACUGGGUUACAAAGAAUGAUUCAGGCCUAGAGCCAAUUUACACGGCCCUCACACAUAACCGGGCAUAUAUGUUGAAUGAGAUAAAGGACCAGGUGACUUUACAUUGGCCUACUAAGAUGAUCAAACCUACGCACGAAUGUAACAAAAGUAAAUACUAUAGAUUUCAUCAAGACCAUGGUCAGGAUACCAAGGACUGUAGGCAGUUGAAGGAUGAGAUUGAAGCCCUCAUCCAGAGGGGCCGUUUGAGCCGAUUUGUCAAGAAAGAUGGUGGUGAAAGGAGGUAG